UGAGUUGUAAUUUGUAAUCAUGAAUUAUUGUCGUACUUAGAAGCUUGUUUUUGAUCAGUGAGAAAAGAGGCUUCAGAGAAAGAUGAUGAAAUGUGAGAGGCACGUGCACCUUUAUUCCCAUUUCUUUUGACAUGCAUGCAUGAAGGAGCUUGAACUAAAAUGCAAAACCAAGCAUACAACAUCAUCACAUAUAUACAAUGUUUUGAUGUUUGUGAAAAAAAUCAAUUUUGUUUGCCCAAAAGUUUUUAAUGGUAUUAUUAGCCUUUUGUUUUUGGCCAAGAACAAUACUUACAUUUUCAAAAGCAAUAGUCAGUAGCAAUGGUAAUUAGGUCCCUGAGAGUGAGAGAUGCUCUGGUAUUUCGUGACCAUGUUCAGGCAAUAAAAUCUGGUUUGGUAUCAAGCAUUUUCACUUGUAACCAACUCAUUCAUCUUUAUUCCAAACAUGGCCUUUUGCAAGAGGCCCACAAACUGUUCGAUGAAAUUCCCCACCCGAAUGUGUUCUCUUGGAAUGUCAUUAUUAUGUCUUACAUAAAAGCACACAACUUGCCUCACGCACAAGCUCUUUUUGACUCAGCCUCUCAUAGAGAUUUGGUUUCUUAUAAUUCCAUGUUGUCGGCUUAUGUUGGCUCCGAUGGGUACGAGACUGAGGCACUUGAUUUGUUUACUAGAAUGCAAUCUGCACGUGAUACAAUUGGGAUUGAUGAGUUCACUCUCACGACCAUGCUUAACCUUGCUGCCAACCUACGUGUGCUACUUUAUGGGAAGCAGAUGCAUUCAUAUAUGGUGAAAACUGCAAAUGAUUUAAGUAAGUUUGCUUCGAGUUCUCUCAUAGACAUGUACUCUAAAUGUGGUUCCUUUCAAGAUGCUUGUACUGCAUUUGGCGGUUGUCAUGGGAUGGUGGACUUGAUUUCAAAGAAUGCAAUGGUUGCAGCUUGUUGUAGGGAAAAAAAUAUGACCAUGGCCUUAAAUAUAUUUUGGAAAAAUCCUGAAUUAAAUGAUACUGUGUCUUGGAACACAUUAAUUGCAGGGUACGCCCAGAAUGGCUAUGUGGAGAAAUCACUUACCUUGUUUGUUGUGAUGACUGAAAAUGGUAUUGGUUUCAACGAACACACUUUAGCAAGUGUUUUGAGUGCUUGCACAGGUCUAAAAUGUUUAAAACUUGGCAAGUCUGUUCAUGCUUGGGUUUUGAAAUAUGGUUACAGUUCAAAUAAAUUUAUUAGCAGUGGCAUUAUCGACUUCUACUCAAAGUGUGGGAAUAUCAGAUAUGCCGAGUUAGUCAAUGCAGAAAUCGAGAUUAAAAGUCCAUUUGCAGUUGCUUCAUUGAUAGCAGGCUACUCAUCUCAAGGUAACAUGACAGAAGCCCAAAGGCUUUUUGAUUCACUCUUGGAAAGAAACUCUGUUGUAUGGACAGCUCUAUGUUCUGGCUAUGUCAAAUCACAACAAUGUGAGGAAGUCUUCAAACUUUUCAAAGAGUUUAUAACUAAAGAAGCAGUAGUCCCUGAUACAAUGAUCAUUAUCAGUGUGCUUGGUGCCUGUGCCAUACAAGCUGCCCUUAGUUUGGGAAAGGAAAGUCAUGCUUACAUCUUGAGAAUGAGAUUUCAUGUGGAUAAGAAAUUAUUGAGUGCUUUGACUGACAUGUACUCAAAAUGUGGAAAUGUUACUUAUGCUGAGAAAAUCUUCCAACUGGUUACUGAUAGUGAUAGAGAUGCAAUCUUAUACAAUAUCAUGAUUGCUGGUUAUGCUCAUCAUGGUUAUGAAAAUAAAGCAAUUUAUCUUUUUCAGGAAAUGCUGAAUAAAAGUGUCAAGCCAGAUGCAGUCACUUUUAUUGCACUUCUAUCAGCUUGUCGGCACAGUGGAUUAGUUGAACUAGGAGAGCAAUUUUUUAUUUCCAUGGAACAAGAUUACAAUGUAUUGCCGGAGAUUUACCACUAUGCAUGUAUGGUUGAUAUGUAUGGAAGGGCUAAUAAACUAGAAAAGGCAGUAGAAUUCAUGAGGAAGAUUCCCAUACCAAUAGAUGCUACAAUCUGGGGUGCAUUUCUUAAUGCUUGUCAGAUGAGCAGUGAUACAGCACUUGUCAAACGGGCAGAAGAGGAGCUACUAAAAGUUGAAGCAGAUAACGGGUCUAGAUAUGUGCAGUUGGCCAAUGCCUAUGCUGCCACAGGGAAGUGGGAUGAGAUGGGAAGAAUAAGAAAGAAAAUGAGAGGAUACGAGGCUAAGAAGCUUGCUGGUUGCAGUUGGAUAUUUGUGGAAAAUGGUAUUCAUGUAUUUACUUCUGGUGAUACAUCUCAUUCAAAAGCAGAUGCAAUAUAUUCAACUUUAAUGCGCUUGAAUGGGAAACUGUAUUUAUCUUUCAUAGAGCUGAAUCAACUUAACGAAAUUCAGGCUGGUAUUUAGGAUAUAGUUUGAUGGUUAACUAGCCAAUGCCAGUAAAAUUGGAUGCUCUGCCAUAUAGGGAUCAUAGAGCCACCAUCCAAUGCAGCAUGCUUAUAAAUAGCAUUGCAGUAGUCAAUAGGAAUUACAGUACUACAACAAAAAUGGUUGGAAGACUAUUUUCUUCAUGAAAGUGCAUUUGAUGAUUUGGAAGAGGUAGAAGAGUUUUCAGAGACAGAGACUCCUUCACCUAUGCACCAACCUUGCUCAAUUCAUGAUCCCACUACUCAAAUUUAGACACUGAGGGGAUGAAAUAUACAUGACAUGUCCUCCUUACAUACAAAUAUUUGAUGUUGUCGCAUCCUAUCCUAUCCUAUCACAUGAAUCUCUUCGCAAAUGCAGUAAACAGCAAAACAACUGUAACUUGGCCUGAUGAGAUGACUCAAAUUCACCAUCGGGAUUCAAACUUUUAUGAAGAUACAUAUGGAGAGAGUUUAUUCCUUUUGCAUUGAAGUUUUGGUAGAUUACAGAUUAUGUGAAGGCAGUUAUUCAAGACAGAAAAGUGCGGUGUUCUACAAUCUACACGACCAACUGUGUCUCCUAUUUGGUGACAUAUGGAACAAAAUGAAGGAUUAAUGCUCCGUGAUUAUGAAACUCCGUGGUGAUUCCACCCUAGUGUGUUGGUGCUGCUAUGGGUGAUCUGAAACUUGCAAAUGGAAACAAAGAAACAUGUGUUGAAUUCUUGUGCUCUAUUUCGGUUUCAAGCAUGUGGGGGCUAGGACAAAGCCAGCUCUUUUAUUGCCGCUGUAGUUUUAUUGUUGAGUUUUGGUUUAAGAUACAUUUGAUCCGUUAUAUUUAUUUUUUGUUAAUAACUCAGUACUCGGUAUACCACUUUACUCAGUUUACGACA